AUGGUGCCGACCUUGCGCUCGCGGUCGAGAAACCUGCUCAGUUGCUUCUACUGUGGUCGCCGAUCAGAUAUCAUCUUCACCGGGCAGAAAUCGUUCGAAUGCAGAUACUGCGAGGCACGGAAUUGGCUCGACAAGAAUGGAGGAAUCACAGAUCCCCCAGCAUCAAGCACGGCAGCAGACGCGCAACCAGCCGCACCGAUUCGCAUCGCGACUAGUCCCAACGCCUCCAUAUUUUGCGCGACAUGCCAACGGAACCAAGAGAUUCUUGCAAGGACGCUGAAGGAAUACGAGUUUCCAGACGACCCCAAUGAUUCUGAAUAUGCCGCGCGCAUGAGAGGCUAUCGCACAUGGAAGAGAGACCUGGAAGCAAGAUACCCCCAGGUCUGCAUUGACUGCGAGCCCAAGGUCGAGGAGCAGCUGAGAAAAGCCAGCUACACCGCCAAGACAGAUCACAUGCGGCGGCUGAUCGACCGGACAAAACAGCGCCGACACCAGGCAAGAACCCGCACCGCUCUCGACUACGUGGACAUGGCAGGAAAAUGGAUAUGGCACUUUGGCUUCCUUCUUCAGGCCUUGUGGCAUAUUGUGGCACUGGGCAUCGUCUUUGUCGAGCAUGGUCAUGGAAGUGGCAACAACUUUGUGGUGGCAGUGUUGCGCGAAACCUGCGCUUGGAUCAUCGCAGUAUUACCCAGAUCCGACCGCUUCAUCAAACUUGCCAUUAACACGAGUCUGGUGGCCUUUGCCUGGAACCCGCGUUUCAAGCAGACCAUCAGAGGCUUUACGUCGCAUAUUCUGGGAUUCCGGCAGUGGUAUACAUACCAGCUUGUCAUUAUUCUGAUCAGAUGCGCAUGUCUCUUCUUGUCCCAAUACAAUGAUGUUGAGGAAAUUUCAGCUAUCGCGCAAUUAGGCGCGCAUCUCGUCAUCGGUUGGCUGGUAUUUUAUGUGUACAAUGUUGCAGGAAAAGCUAUCCGAACGGAUAACAGCUCCUUAUUCGGCUUGUUUGGAACACGACAAGCUGCUUCGUACCAAGAAAGGUCCCCGAGAGUUGCAGAGCCAGCACAAAGGCCUUCAAAUGACAUGGCGGGAGUCUUGGACGAGAUUCUAGAUGCACCACCUGCUGCAAUAAACAACAUCGAUUCGUCGCCAACGGUCGCUACUGCUAGUCCAUAUUACAGCGUGAGCAGGGGUGGAAGCUUUGUGCAGAAUGGUUCCUUUGGUACACCAUCACGCCAUCACCAGGACCGAGUGGGCAAUGGAUUCGGCUCACUCAGUUUCUCUAGCCCACCCAUCAGUCCUGGAGUUCAAACCCAACCGACGCGCAACGGCGACGAGAUGGAUUGGUCGCCAUCUGGCUCCCAACACAGGGCCUUUAGUACCCAUAACCCUUACAAGGUCAAGAACCCGAAUCCAAGGUUCGCCAAUACACCGCUGGGCUUCAAUGAUACACCGAUUGAUCCCAAACCCGGUGCGUUCUGGUACAAAGUACCGCCAGCACCUACAACUCCAGCACAAAGGCUACGAAAUCCUCCCAAGCCAGUUAUACGAGAGAGCCCCAAAGAGAGGCAGGACAGCUUCUUCGCCAGUCCACGCAGAACGCUUGACCUGGGCGGGGGCUCUCAGCAGAAUGACUCUGGUUUCAUUCUUAAAGAUGCAUCGUUUUAUGCGCCCGGUCCCAAAGAUGACCCCAGAGAUGGACUGUCUAAUAUGAUGGGCUCUUUUAGUAUCAGUCCGGAUCCAGAGGACCGAAGGGCAGCAGCUAGAAAGAGCACGAAAAAUGUCAUUCUGGCCGCUGAUGGCACCCCCGUGACAUUGCAAAACAAUAGCAAGGAGCGCAUGGCUGAACUGGUUGUUCUCUUCGGCGCGCUUUGGUCUUGGGUCACUGCACUGGGAACCGAGGAGUCAUAUGGUCCGACACUGGGACUCGGAGCAAUCUGCGCAUGCCUCAUCGUAUCCAUAAGGUUGACGGCCGAUCUGCUAGUUAAUGCGCAGGUGAGGCAUGGAAAGCAACCAACUGUCUUUUCCUUGUCGUGGGCAACUCUGGGAUAUGCGCAAGUCUUUGCGGCGCUGGCGCUUGUUUGGAAGAUAUGGGCGACCGGCGGGCAAGAUGUCAAUUGCGGAAUGCUUGGAAAUGCAUUACUGGGAGUCAUGAUUGCACAUCAGUUCUGGCACGUCUUCAGUUGA